AUGUUCGCUGUUGGGAUAAGCGCCAACUUCUCGAGCGGUCCUGCUCACGUACCCUUUGUCAUCGUCGAAGUCCUCUGCUGGCUGGUGACCGUACUUCUCACGACCUACUCCAUCACGAUCGUCUCGCUCUCGAUUCUCACAGCGCUGACACUCGAUAAAGACGUUUGGAUUCGUGACAUCACUAGUUCUCCAUCGCCAUUUCCUUUGCAGCACAUUCUUGCGACCUUGAUGCGAACUACGUCUCUUGAGGAUGAUACCAGAAGUCAAAGGCACCACUGCUUGCCGGGAUGCACAUGUACUGAAAAGCAGUUGCCUUCGUCGCCACCGCUGGCUAUACCUGCCAUCGGGCAGGGCCUGAACGUUCGCAUGGAGAGGGCGCCUGCACGAAGCAACGUGCCGGUGCGUGUCCCCACGGCCAUGGAACGGCACAAUUCCAUCGUGAUUGGGUUUGAUGUCUGA